AUGCGGCCUCAAGGGCCGGUCGGACAGAACUAUGAGAAAACCAACGGCUUCUAUUGGCCUCCUGAGGACACCAGUGACGUGGUCCAGAUGCCUGGUGGUCGAAAACAGUUCUUCGUGUUUGCCGGCAAGUCGGAUGAAGACGGCUCCCUCGAGCCCACCUUAGCCAUUGUUAGUCGAGGUGGUCGGAGGCUGGUAUUUUUCAAUGAGGAGGAACUAGCAGAGCUGGAGCGCCUCGGUCCGCGGUACUUGUCUUACCUAAAGCUUUGGCAACAGAAGGCUAGACGGAACCAGGCUGUAACGGAGGCUAAGCUAGGUCAGGUUGGUAUGGCUGAUGAUCAUGGCAAGGAUAUGGACUAA